AUGGCUCAGCAGCAAGCAAAUUUGUUGAAUCAAAUACACAACAUUGCAGAACAAGGAGCAAGACUCUCCACGAUUGCAAUUAACAUGCAAACAAUUCUGCAGAAUCUGGCAGCCGACGAUGGCGAAGAGCUCACUGUGGAGCUGAUUUACGAGACAUUGAUGAAGUAUGCGCGAGAGCAGAAUACUCGUGCCUUUGCUUGGGGGGGAGACGAUGCCCGCUUGAGGCCGCUGCCACUCCCUAACCUCCAGCCUCUGGCGCUGCCAAAUGGUGCAAAUUUCCCCCGAACAACUGGAGAGUUCACGGGGUUGGCAAGUCAGAACUUUCGAAAUUUACUGCAGGCUUACGAGCUUCCCCAGGAUGGGGUGGACAAAUCCCUGAUGCAUCGGUUGCAACAGUUUAUUUGUAAUCAGGGAGAGUAAUGAUGAGCAGGAGAUGAGGCUGUGGGGUUAUCUUUGAGUGUCCGGCAUGCCGUUCGUUACUGCUUUGCGUACUUGAUCAUUCUUAUUGUCUUCCACUUGAACUGUUUCAAAUUUUGGGAUCAAACUCUGUAGUUUCGUUACUUUAGUGAAUUCACAGUACUUGUUGUAUAUUAAAUGAUUGCUCAUUAAUAG